AUGGACGAGCGCAACGAUACCGAUCACAAUGGGAGCCCAUCGAAGUCGAAGGAGAUCGACUACUGUGGUGCGAUCCGCAAAGAAUGCGCUGGUAUGGGGACGGAUUUGAAUGCUCGUUUCCUUUACGUCGUGCCGGCAAACGGAGCUGUGGUUUUCUUCCAGGGGAUGAACCAAGCCGCAGCAAGUCUCGACAAAGACUAUAUGGCCCAGGCUUGCGAAAUGGUAACAUUUCAAUUCGACUCGAGCCGCACUUUGAGGCUGUUCGCAAAGCUUCUCAAAACGCACUUCGAGAACCAUGGUGGCGUUGUGCCCCGGGUCCACGCGAAGAUUCUUGUAUUCGGGAGUGCUUCUUUUCCCGAAGCACCACUUCUCAACGGAUAG